AUGCCGAUCUACCGUGCGAGACGGCUUAUCGAGGGCGACUGUAUCGAGCUUCCCGUCCCAAUUCUGGCCGUGAGCGUGGAGCAGCAGCAGAUGCAUCGCGCACGCAUCACGCACCGCAGUCGUCUACAAUCAAUGCACGCCGCUGGCCGCCACGUUGUGUCGCCCUGCACUGUCGUCCACUUGCGCAAUGACCGAAGUCCUGGGCAUCCCCAGACAACCAGACGGCCAGUCGUUCUAUCAAAGCUCUGCGCUCAAUCCUUCCCCACCAUCUUCCUCAUCACUGUUCUUGGACACGCCUCCACUGUCGUCGAGCCCCAGCACACCUCAUGCCGAACACCAAGAACGAACGUCGGAUUCCCGCCCAUUCCCACCCUCGGCCACCACGUCCUUCUCCAAUUUCUCCAGCGCGACAUCCGACGACUCUACUACGGCCAGCACAACAUCGUCCAAUCACCCUUACCCACGCCGACCAUCGUCGACGACUCUGCUGUGCGGCAAGAGCCGUCACGUCAGGUUGAUUUCUUGAGUCAUGAAUGGAGAGAGGAAGACAUAUGGUCAUCAUGGCGAAACAUUGUCUCACAAAGAAAGACCGUGUAUGGAGAGCGCUCACGACUUGAGAACGCCUCAUGGAGGACCUGGGCUAAAGCGAAGUUCGACCUCCGGACUGUAUCUCCCGAGCAGCUAAAUUGGCUCAAAGAGUCCGACGUAACAUGGCUUUAUGGACCCUUGAAAUUGGCGCCCUCCAAUUCCUUUAUCAACAAGAAGCCUAUACUGAAGAAACGCAGUGUAUCGGAAGUGAUGCUGCAGAAGUCGCUUUCUACCUCUUCAUUGGUAAAGCAAGCAGCUGCUCAAGUCCAAGCUCAAGGCAGAGAAGGCAGGAGGUCGGGCCCGGAAGUCAUCGACUCGAAAUUGCAAUCCGAAACUCCGAGCCGGGAUCAAGUUGACUAUUUCACAAGCUGGAACAACAGCACUGGCGGUACGCCAUGCGAAACGCACGAAAAGCGACACAUUCGAUUUGAUGACCGGGUAGAACAGUGCAUCGCCGUCGAUUGCAAGGAUCCAGGACCGGAAGACGAGGAUGAAAGCGACGAUGAAGAGGUCAAUGGCCAGACUUCGAGUUCAGAUUCCAGCAGUGACGACGGAGUUGUGAUGAUGAAACGCAAGAAACGCUCAGGACCUAAGAAGUCGAAGAGUGGAAGUCGAAGUAACUCCGCGAAUGGUCGAAGGAUUAUCGAGACGCUACCGGCUACGACUCUGAAGUAUCGCACAGACAGCCCUGAUGUGACUGAAGAGGCGCAACACCAUACCUUUGGCCGGUCGUGGAACUCCAGUAAACUCAGUCCAAGCCCGUCGCAGGAGACUCUUCGACCAGCUCGUCACUCGAGCAACUUUUUACUGCCAGGCGAUGAGGAUGAAGCAGAAGAAGACGAUAUCGACUCAGAUUCUUCGUGGACUUUCGGCGCAAGUAAUAACAAAUCUGCUCUCGGAACACCGAGUAGCCCAACUUCCCGAAGCAGCCGUAGCAGAAGUAGUACGCCAGGCCCGCGUGAAAGUCAUUAUGAGAUCGAAGGCAUGCGACGUACCGAGAGUGGUAUGUUCAUGCCCUACGAUGACGAUGAGGACGACAUCAUUGCCGCGGGACUCUUCGGCCGUGUGAGUGAGACGAUCAACACGGCCAGAGACAUCGCCCACGUCAUUUGGAACGUUGGCUGGCGGAAAUGAAGCUGCUAAAAGUUUCGACCAACUGUACAUGCUAUAAAGCAACCUAUCAGGUGUGCCACAGGAGUAUUGACGGCCUAGCCCGAUGAUGAGUCCAGUCAGCUGAAAUGAGCUGCAUCAACUCAACACGCCAUCUCCCAUGCCAAAGUCGCUGCCUGCAGAUCUUACUCUGUUUACCAAAAGGAGUUCCAGCAAGCAUGCAAGGCCACCACGAUCAUGACGAAAUGACCAAAUGUAAUCAGCCCAAGUGGGCACUGUGCACAUAGAUCCGGGAAUAUCGCGGAGUAUAUAAUGGAGGAUGGAUGCUCUGGUAUGAGUUUGACCCAGAUGCGCCGCGCUCGGGUUCGAAUUGCGUGUCGCGCAUCCGUAUUUAUCAAACAACGAUGCAAAGGCGUCUUUUGCCUUUACUCCCCGUC